CCUCAUAUGGCAAAUGCACGCCUCAAGUGUAUUUAUUUUCCCACCCGUCAGGGGAAGGAGAUUAUUGAGAGGAUUUUGGAUAAUUUGGAAGCUGAAGGAUGUGGCGUUAGAGAAAACUUUGAGAACUAUAGUCGUGUCUCAAUUCGUCGACUUGGACGUCUACUUCCAGAUGCUCGUUGGGCAUUACUUCCUUUUAUGGAUUUGAGGCAUAGAAAGGGAGAAAACUCUCAGUUGUUGAAAAGAUGUUGCUUGAGAGUUAAAUGCUUUGUUGGUCAAGUGCACUAAAUUCAAGAAAAAGUGCUUUAUAUGCAUGCUUGUAAUGUUUCUUUUCUCUCUCUAUUAUCAUUAUUCUUCAAGCAAGCACUUUUUCAUUGCAGAUACUGAUACUGGA